UCCUCCUCGCGAGCGCAGCAUCAUUAUCAUCAUCAUCAUCCCUGCGCGCCCCCGCGCCACACGGACCCGCGCAGCCCCGGCCCCGGACGCAUGAAGGUGUUUCCUCCCGGACCAUCGGCCCAGUUCGGUUCCCAGGUGACCCCGCUCCGCCGGGCGUGAAGGAAGGACCGGGUCGGUACCGGCACCCACACCCGUGCGCGCUCCCGUCCUGCAGAUCCGGACCCGCAAACCCGCCCAGAACCUCAAAAUGGCGGACAUGAUCGAGCUGGGACCCAGUUAUGCCUCGUCCAUGUCCUCGUCCAUGUCCCCGGUGCUGGCCGGCUUCCUGGGGGCCGGGGUUCUGGUGGUGGUGGUGGUGGUUCUGGUCCUGCUCUGGACCUUCUGCCAGCGCCGCUACCUGCGCGUGACGGGCCGCUACAAGCUGCACGGCGACCGCUACUGCGACGCCGAGGACCCGCCCUACAAGUUCAUCCACAUGCUGAAGGGCAUCAGCAUUUACCCAGAAUCCCUCAGCGGCAGCAAGAGGAUCGUGCGGGGCCUGCGGCGCGCCGCGCGCUCCGAGCGCGAGGGCGCUAGCGCCGGCGCCGCGGGCCGUAGUGCCGGCAUGGUGCUGGUGGACGCAGAGAACAACAUCCUGGACGUGCCGGGCCAGCUGCAGAUGAGCCACCUGGUCCCGGACCGGACCCGGGACCGGGACCAGGCCCGGCUGGACCGGGCGCUGCCGGACCGGGCCCUGCCCGUCCGCGCCGACUACGGCGGCGCCGACAGCAGCUCGGCUAGCAGCAGCCAGACCAGCAGCAAGACGGCGUCGCCGUUCACGCCGGCGCCGUCCGACCCGGAGGCCGAGCCGAGUCUGGGCUCCGUCAGCCUCACCGUCGACUACAACUUCCCCAAGAAGGCGCUGGUGGUGACGAUCGUGGGCGCGGCGGGGCUGCCGGCCAUGGACGAGCAGGCGGGCAGCUCCGACCCGUACGUGAAGAUGACCAUCCUGCCGGAGAAGAAGCACCGGGUCAAGACCCGGGUGCUGCGGCGAACGCUGGCGCCGCGCUUCGACGAGACCUUCACCUUCUACGGCGUGGCCUACAGCGCACUGCCCGAGCUCACGCUGCACUUCCUGGUGCUCAGCUUCGACCGCUUCGCCCGCGACGACGUGCUGGGGGAGGCGCUGGUGCCGCUCAAGGGCGUGGACCCGUCCACGGGCCGCGUGCACCUCAGCCAGCCCAUCACCAAGAGGAACAUGCAGGGAGAAAACCGUGGCGAGCUGCUGACGUCUCUGUCCUACCAGCCGGUGUCUCACCGUCUCAGCGUCGUCGUCCUGAAGGCCCGGCACCUGCCCAAGAUGGACAUCACGGGCCUGUCCGCCAAUCCGUACGUGAAGGUGAACGUCUUCUACGGCCGCAAGCGCAUCGCCAAGAAGAAGACGCAUGUGAAGAAGUGCACGCUGAACCCGGUGUUCAACGAGUCGUUCAUCUACGACAUCCCGCCCGAGCUGCUGCCGGAGAUCUGCGUGGAGUUCCUGGUGGUCGACUUCGACCGCACCACCAAGAACGAGGUGCUGGGCCGGCUGCUGCUGGGGCUGCACAACGCCGCGCCCUCCGGCGCCGCCCACUGGCGGGAGGUCUGCGAGAACCCGCGCCGCCAGAUCUCCAAGUGGCACAACCUGAGCGAGUACUGAGGGGGCGGGGCCUGCAGGAGGGAGGAGGCGGGGCCUGGAGGAGGGAGGAGGCGGGGCCUGGAGGAGGGAGGAGGCAGGGCUUCUCCGGCGCCCGCGGAGCACAGACUCAGUGUACAGCACACACACACACACACACACAUACACACACACACACACACACACACACACACACACACACACACACACACACACACAGCCUUGUGUCAUAGCCCCCCCCCCCCCGUCUCUGCAUCUGCAUCUAGAAGAAUCCAGAAAACCAAGAAAAAGCUGUUUUUCAGACCCGUGAAGUUCCUGAGACUUGUGUGACGGCGGGAAACGCUCUGAUACCCGUGAAGAAGAAGAAGAAAAAAGAAACAAUGUAGCUCCUAUAAUGUAGUAAUUUCCUGAAAAUGUAAUAACGCCUGAAAAUGUAAUAAAAUUUGCACUUAACUCAAUCGAAAAUGUAAUAAAACCCAAUAAUGUGAUAACUUCACCAAUAAUGUAAUAAAAUAUCCUGACGAAUUUUGUAAUAACAUUUUUACCGAUAAUGUAAUACCUUAUUACGUUAUUGGGAAUUUAUUACAUGCUACUCAAAGUCUGCAAUUUAACCCAAUAGUCAUUCUGGUGUUUCAAAUCCAGUGUAUAUAACAUUCUUAGAUACUUAAAACACUUAAAAACUUAAAAAAUGUAGAACUCUGGACUGAAAAUGAACAUAUAUAUUACAUUAUUUGUCAAGUAUUACAUUAUCAGUUUUGGAAUAAAAAAAAUAAGACCCACCUGAAAAUGUAAUAAAUUCCCAGUAAUGUAAUAAGGUAUUACAUUAUCUGUAAAAAUUGAUUUUAUUACAUUUUCGAUUGAGUGAAGUGCAAAUUUUAUUACAUUUUCAGGCGUUAUUACAUUUUCAGGAAAUGAUUACAUUAUAGGGUGUUACAAACAACGCCCCCCCCCCUUAACCCCCCCAACCCUCGCUAUUGUUGUCAUGCCGUUCAUCGCAUGUCUGUCUGAAAAGAAAACUAAAAUAACCGGCGGAGGACUGGAGCUGCGGCCGCCGGCUCCGACAGAAGAAGAAGAAGAAACGUAGAAACUAAACUCCCGCCUUGUCCAGUAGAACUGCUGUCGCGCCUCGUCCAGCCGCCCCGGCCCCCCAGGGCCACCCAGGGCCGCCCCGGCCCCCCCAGGGCUGCCCGGCCCCCCCAGGGCCCCUCACACCGACCACAGGCGGCUGGCGGGCGCGGACAGAUGAUGUAAAAUAGUUGUUUGUGACAUGAAAACCUUCCUGCACUGUUGCACUGAAGCAGAGGGCAGCUGUGGCACCCGGUUCGGGGUUUUGGGGCCCGGGUUCUGGGCCGGUGGGGGGCGGGAUUCGGGGUUCGGGAUUCAGGGCCCGCCUGUAGCCGGAGGUGAAGCUGCUCGGAAAGAUGGCGGCCGGGAAAACGCCUGAAUGACCCGAGAAACGUUGGUUUGGAGAUGAAAUCACACACACAAACGUCAAACCUGGCAACCCGUUUGUUGCCAAACUUUAGUACUUUGUCAUUUUAGUGGCUGUUAUUUCCUUUUCUGGACAGUUUUCAGACAGAAAAAGAGGGAGAGAGAUGCCCAGAUUACAACUCUAAAAGUGUCAAACCUGGCAACUCGUUUGUUGCCAGAUUUGCUUAAUGAGAAACUUAAAUUUUUGUGAUUCUGGUGGCUUUUCUUUUCUUAUCUGGAUGGUUUUCAGGCAGGAAAAGAGAAAUAGCGGGAGGAAGGGGGGACAAGGGCCAGAAUAAAAAAGUAUUGGGCAAUUCAAAAAAACGUCAAACCUGGCAACUCGUUUGUUGCCAAACUUUAGUACUUUGUGAUUUUAGUGGCUGUUAUUUCCUUUUCUGGAUGGUUUUCAGGCAGAAAAAGAGGGAGAGGAGAGAGAUGCCCAGAGUAAAAGAAUAAAAAAGUAUUGGGCAACUUUAAAAAAUGUCAAACCUGGCAACUUCUUUGUUGCCAGAUUUGCUUAAUGACAAACUUUAGUUUUUUGGUGAUUUUAGUGGCUUUUCUUUUCUUUUCUGGACGGUUUUCAGACUGAGGUACAGGAGUGAGGUUAACCAGCAUGUGGACCAGACUACAGGAGUGAGGUUAGCCAGCAAUGGACCAGACUACAGGAGUGAGGUUAGCUAGCAUGUGGACCAGACUACAGGAGUGAGGUUAGCCAGCAAUGGACCAGACUACAGGAGUGAGGUUAGCCAGCAUGUGGCCCAGACUACAGGAGUGAGGUUAGCCAGCAUGUGGACCAGACGGACUACAGGAGUGAGACCCUGCCGGGCCUCCAGGACCUGGACGGAGCUGCAGCUGCUGGAGACGCUACUUCCUGGUCGAUGCUACUUCCUGGUCGAUGCUACUUCCUGGUCGAUGCUACUUCC